UCCACCUUUCCAUCGUGACGGUGACGCUCGGGCGACAGCAACGGCAGAGAUCGUUGCGCUCUCAAAGAGGGAAGACGCCGGCAACGCAACUGGGCAGUAAUUUAACGAUAGAGAACAUUGUUAAAUAUACGGAAAUUGGUAGCUGAUAUGUUGUAGGGGAAAUAGUCCAUUUGCCAGUUGAAGGAAUUCUUUCCGCCCAGAAGUGGCCACUGCGCAUUGCCCCCAACGCUCUCCCGUUUCACCCAGUUCUGGUUCUGGUCAGCGUCAUCUUCUCUCUGAGGACAGAAACAGGGAGAAGGAGAGACACAGACGACUGAAGAGGAAUUCUCAGAGGAAACGGUGGAAUUACGAUUCUCUGACAGACCAGCGUUUCCCUCCGUGGAUCGUACCAUUUUUCUACCCUCUCUGAACAGAGAUUUACUGUUCUCAGUGUCUUUCUAAACCAACUGGACAACAGUUUGUACUUUGUUACUUUGUAUAAGCUCAGUGAUACAAUGUUUUUUAAUGUUCGAGUUUUAGAGUUGCCCUGUUUCGGUUGAGCUGAAUUCCUCUACGAGAUCUGUCUGUCCUGCCGUGGCUCUGCGUCAGGAUCCCUGUGUUGUGACAGGUAGACUGACGUUGUGAAUUCACAGUAACUCGAAGACGUCAUAUCUGUAUUUGCAUUCCAGCUCUGCUUUCCCCAGAGGACGGAUCCUCGCCUGUGUGAGUGGGUGAGACACAGAAAGAGAAAGUGUGUGUGUGUGUGUGUGUGUGUGUGUGUGUGGUCAAAAGCGUAAACCUGUAGCUUCCAGUGCAGGCGUGUAGCCCACAUCACAGUAAAAAUAUGGGAUCGGAGAAGGACUUGGAGUCGCCCCACGCCUCUGUGAGCGCCACCCCGAACCCAAAGUGCCGUGCGUCGGGCAAGCGCCCGGGACGCAUCUCCUUCCACAGCCUCUUCCACGGCAAGCGCAGCUCCAGACGCACCAAGUCCGGGGCGCCCAGCCCCAGCAUCGUCCAGCAGCUCCACCACCACCACCAACAGCUGCAGCAGCUCCUCCCGACCAUCCCCAACAUGCCCUCCGCCCUCCAACACCACCCUGCCCCCGCCGUGGUGCCGGCCCCGGCCCCGGCCGCCUCCACCAACGCCUCCGCCAACACCACCACUGGCGCCGCCGCCGCCUUCGUCGUGACCUCCCCCUACAAACCGCUCGCCUCCUACGCCACCACGGCCGAACCCGGCAGCCCCACCCCGUCCCAGGCCCUCUCCUCCAGCCGGGCCUCCCUGGCGGUGGCGGGCGGGGGCCCCGGGGAGGCCGGGGAGGCCGGGGAGGCGGAGCAGCUGGAGUGCCCCCUGUGCCUGGUGCGGCAGCCCGCCCGGCAGCUGCCCGCGCUGCACGGCUGCGGCCACCGCUCCUGCCUGGGCUGCCUGCGGCAGUACCUGCGCAUCGAGAUCACGGAGAGCCGCGUGCAGCUCAGCUGCCCCGAGUGCGCCGAGCGGCUGGUGCCGCGGCAGGUGGCCGACAUCCUGCAGGACGCCGCGCUGCUGGAGAAGUACGAGGAGUUCCUGCUCCGCCGCUGCCUCGCCUCCGACCCCGACUGCCGCUGGUGCCCGGCGCCCGACUGCGGCUUUGCGGUGAUCGCGUCGGGCUGUGCCAGCUGUCCCAGGCUGGUGUGCCGCAGGGAGGGCUGUGGAGCCGAGUUCUGCUACCACUGUAAGCAGGCCUGGCACCCCAACCAGACCUGUGACUCCGCCCGCCAGCAGAGGGCGCAGUCCCUGCACACGCACAGCAACCACUCCCCCAGCUACACGCAGGAGCAGGGACCCGCUGAUGACAUCAAGCCCUGCCCGCGCUGCGGUGCGUACAUCAUCAAGAUGAACGACGGCAGCUGUAAUCACAUGACCUGUGCCGUCUGCGGCUCCGAGUUCUGCUGGCUCUGCAUGAAGGAGAUCUCCGACCUGCACUACCUCAGUCCGUCCGGCUGCACCUUCUGGGGGAAGAAGCCGUGGAGCAGGAAGAAGAAGAUCCUGUGGCAGCUGGGAACGCUGAUCGGCGCUCCCAUCGGCAUCACGCUGAUCGCCGGCAUCGCCGUGCCCGCCAUGGUCAUCGGCAUCCCCGUCUACGUGGGCCGCAAGAUCCACGCCCACUACGAGCUGAGGAAGGCGUCUCGCCACAGACGCAACUUGGCCAUCACAGGGGGCGUGGCCCUGUCAAUCAUCAGCGCUCCUGUCGUGGCAGCCGUCAGCGUCGGCAUCGGAGUGCCCAUCAUGCUGGCGUACGUCUACGGAGUGGUGCCCAUCUCGCUGUGUCGCGGCGGCGGUUGUGGCGUCAGCCGAGAGAAGGGCCGUGGCGUUCGGAUCGACUUCGAUGAGGACGACGGACCAAUCACAGUGGCUGACGCCUGGCGUGCCCUCAAGUCCCCCAGCCUCGGGGAGAGCAGCCUGGAGGGCGCCGCCAGCGGCCUCAGCACCACCACCCCCAGCGAGGGGCUGUCUGUGGCCCCGGGAACCCUGGGGGACGCCCCGCACUUCAACACCCUGGCAGGGGGCUCUCUGGGGACCCGCACCGGCAAGUACAGCAGGCUGGAGGUGCAGGUGGGGGAGCUGGCUAAGGAGAGCACCCAGAGGGACACGGGCAGCCUGGGGGCCGGCAGUGACUGUGCGAGCACCAGGGGCAUGGCCGGCUCCAUCGUCUCCGCCUACACCUUACCUGACAGGGAAUGCACCAACCUGGAGAUCCAGGUGGACAUCGAAACCAAACCCAGCCAUCUCUGCCUGACCAGUGAGGAGGACCUGACCCAACCCGCUGGCUCCGCUGCCAUGGCAACGUGCUCAGGAGGGGAGGAGCCUCAGGACUGCAGCUCCAGAAGGGGCGGGGCCCUGUCCGACUCUGCUCUCAGGCUGUCCCCCUCGGGGGCGUCGCUCAGGGAGGGGUCCCAGGAUGUCUCGUUUGCGGAGGGGCCCCAGGACGUCCUGCCGAUGGAGGGGCCCCUUGACUUCUCCCUGGGGGAGGGGCCUCAGGACAUCGUGCUGGGGGAGGGGCCCCGAGACCUCGCACUGGGGGAAGAGCCCCGGGACGUCUCGGUAGGGGAGGGGCCCCAGGACGUCUCACAGGGGGAGGGCCCCCAGGAGCUCUCAGUGGGGGAGGGGCCCCGAGACGUUACCCUGGCGCAGCCCGAGAGCUUCCGCAGCGACCUGGAGCUGUCCGACACGCAGUCGGACGACAUCGCCGAGUUGACGUCGGACGACUGCGACUCCCCGCACCCCAAGAGCUGCCGCCCUGCCUCGUCCGCCUCCCAGACCCAGGCCCCCUGCCGGGCGCUGAACCCCUCCACCGAAGGCCUUCACUGUCCCACCGGCAGUACCGUCGUCCUCUACAUCUGAGGGACUCACCCCUGUGUCAGGACGGCACAAAAACUCCAAACUCAACGGACCUAACUAACAAAGCCGCCGCCGCCGCCACUGAAGACGUGGUCCCAUAGCUUCCUCCCUUCGCUGUUAUUGUCGGUUCCCCCGCUGCACUGUCCGAAGCCACAGAGGCUGCUCCGUACACGGCCGCCCGCCUUUUGUUCUGUGUUCCGGUUCUUCUGUCUUACGUGUGCACCUGUCUGUCAGUUGACCUCCGCAGCGAGUACGUUGUCGGGGAACUACCUCUGAGAUUUAUAAGAUGACCUUUUAUGUUUACUACUUGGUGCAAAAUGCCUUGGCUUCUUAAGCAAAAAAACAAGAAAACAACACAAAGGAGGAAACAAGGUGUUGCUAAGCACAGUAGUGAGUGAAGGACGUGGGAGAAUUAGUGUUGUGUUUCUGACAGGAUGAAUGAAUGUGGGGCUUGUGUGUCCGACUAGUUCUUUAUUUUAUAUUUUUGUAUAUUUUUUCCCCCUAUUUAUAUGAAUAGAAUGAUUGACGGGUGGUGUGCGUCAGUCUGCAUGGUGUCUCGUGUGUGAGGUGUAGGACCACAGUGAACACCCCCCCCUGUCCCCAUCUAUCUGCUUCAAAGGUUGAAAAAAGAGAAUGAAAGAUGAAAGCAGAAUAAACACACUCAAUAUUUUUUUGAGCACUCUCCGGCGCAGGGUGACGGGCGACCCGAUCAAUGGUUUAAACGAAAUACAACUGUGAGAAAACGGAAGAAGUGGCAAUUUAGUUCUGGUGUACUCCGACAUAGUAAUUUUUCUACAGUAAAUCACCCUGAGAAAAAACCUGGAAUUUAAGUACACUAAUCCAUUCCUCUCUCAUUCUCGCUGAAAAAGUGUGUGGUGAAAUAGGUUGGGGUGGUUACAGGAGAGCCAUGCGUCAGGCGUGAUUUCCCUGCGAUGGUCCAACGCCAAACCAGUGGUUGAUCAACAAGGCCCCAUGAGAUGAUGAUGUUAUCAUGAGCUGCUGACACAUAAAGCCGCACAUGGUGAAUAACUGACUUCAGGCCUUACAGACGUUAGGGGGCUGAUCCCCCUCUCACUGACCAACACAACACACACACACAAACCCACACACCAACCUGCCGUCCGACCCACUUGAAUGUUGUUUGUAGACAUUGUGUGUGUGUGUGUGUGUGUGUGUGUUUCCCCACUGUCAUUUAUUUUUAAAUGAGCACUUGUGCACUUUAUCAAUUGUCAAUGUUAUGACCCACUGUCCAUUGUCUUUGCGCUAAGCAAGUUUACUUGGAUUCCAAUCAAAUGUCUGUGAUAGGAGAAGAAAAGAUUAAAGGGACCUUUUACAAAACAAUACCACAAAGCCUCUUAUGUUGGAUGUAAACGUUUUUUUCCAAAAACAAUAUCUUGUCCUUUUAAAUAUUUAAAUAAAUGUAAAAUAUAACACAUGAUGUUUAUCAUGACCAAUUUCAAAAAAUAAUUUUGUGUCAGAUCAAGAAACCAUCUUUCCAUCGCAUAAGGCAACUUCUUUGUCUGAAUACGCUUUCAAAAAAUGUAUAACUCAUUUUGGAAUUAAACUUUUCAAAUACUAACGCUGAUUUAUUUCCUAAUCAACCUUCAUUUUGGUUUAUGGAGUUUAUUUGAUCCAUAAAGGUCUGCGGGAAUAUCUUUAGCGUUGCAGAAUUAUCUACCCAUACUGGGCAUUGCUUGGCUUUAUCUGUUUUUAUGAUACCUGUUACUGCUUGUUUUGACCUGGCCCUAGGAAGAAAACCCUACAAAUCUUCCACAGAUUAAAAUUCAACUUCCUGAAAGAGAUCUGAUUUGUCGCCAAGAGAUAUGAAAACAGAGUUGUACUUGUUUGAAGUUUACAGUCUAGAUAGAUAGCAGUAUGUAAGUGUUAUCAUGGGAGACGUUUAAGGACACUAAGGACUGUGAAAGAAAUUGUGGACUUUUGGAAAAUUCAAUAAAAUACUUUUGUUGCAACAAA